UUCUCGGUCGACAUAAUUCGUACAGAACACGUGUAACCGGACCUUGCACCGUUUUGAGAACAAAUAACACUGUGUAUACCUAUAGAAAAAAGAAAAUAAAAACAGUUUUUUCCUCAUCACUCGCCGUAACAUUUCCAUCUUUAGUGAAAGAAAACAACAAAAAAAAAGAGGAGGAGGCGAAAAAAAAAAGGGGUUUGGCCCGAAGAUGGCGUCUCCCAGGAAGACGUGAAACAGUCUCUGGAAGCAAAAUACACAAAAAUACGAACCGCGUUCCCACAAAAUACAGUGUUUGUAAGCUAAAACAACUCCCGCCUUCCUAAAUCCGACUCCUUUCCCCCUCCCUCCCUGUUUUAUUCUUGUUUAUUUCGCGACGCGGGAGUUUUUCUCUCCACUCUUGUGUUUACUAAAAAAAAAAACAGCAUCGCCAUCUUGGGUGAGGGCAGGCGGCAACUUCCCGAGAGAGGAGACGCGUCAUUCUCCACAUCUUCUGCGGAAACACAAGGCUUUAAAAAAAGCAACCCCGAGAAAGUAAUGAGUUCUGCUGUUUCGGUGGGCUCCGGAACCAGCACCGCGGCGACCGGCUCUCCUCUGCAGCCCCGGUGGAAGCGGGUUCUGGGAUGGUCCGGUCCGGUUCCGAGGCCGCGGCACGGCCACCGGGCCGUAGCGAUCAAGGAAUUAAUGGUUGUUUUCGGAGGUGGAAACGAGGGGAUAGUUGAUGAGUUGCACGUUUAUAACACAGCCACAAACCAGUGGUUCAUCCCGGCAGUGCGUGGCGAUAUCCCCCCGGGAUGCGCUGCCUAUGGAUUCGUGUGCGACGGGACGAGGCUGCUGGUGUUCGGAGGGAUGGUGGAGUACGGGAAAUACAGCAACGACCUGUACGAACUGCAGGCCAGCAGGUGGGAAUGGAAGAAGUUGAAACCCAAAGCCCCCAAAAACGGCCCCCCUCCCUGCCCCCGCCUGGGGCACAGCUUCUCCCUGGUGGGUAACAAGUGCUACCUCUUCGGGGGUCUGGCCAACGACAGCGAGGACCCCAAAAACAACAUUCCCAGGUAUCUGAACGACCUGUACAUCCUGGAGCUGCGCGCGGGCUCCAGCGCGGUCGGCUGGGACAUGCCCAUCACGUACGGGGUCCUGCCCCCCCCGCGGGAGAGCCACACCGCCGUGGUCUACACGGAGAAGGACAGCAAGAAGUCCCGACUGGUCAUCUACGGGGGCAUGAGCGGCUGCCGGCUCGGGGACCUGUGGACCCUGGACAUCGACACCCUGACGUGGAGCAAGCCCACCCUGAGCGGCACGGCCCCCCUGCCACGCAGCUUACACUCCACCACCACCAUCGGAAACAAGAUGCAUGUGUUUGGUGGUUGGGUUCCUCUCGUCAUGGAUGAUGUGAAGGUAGCGACUCACGAGAAGGAGUGGAAAUGCACCAACACCCUGGCCUGCCUCAAUCUGGACACGAUGACGUGGGAGCCCAUUCAGAUGGACACCCUGGAGGAUAACGUCCCGCGCGCGCGGGCGGGGCACUGCUCCGUGUCCAUCAACUCGCGCCUCUACGUGUGGAGCGGCCGGGACGGCUACCGCAAGGCCUGGAACAACCAGGUGUGCUGCAAGGACCUGUGGUACCUGGAGACAGAGAAGCCGCCCGCCCCCUCCCGGGUGCAGCUGGUCCGAGCCAACACCAACUCCCUGGAGGUGAGCUGGGGGGCGGUCCCCACCGCGGACAGCUACCUGCUGCAGCUGCAGAAAUACGACAUCCCAGCAGCCGCUGCGGCCACCUCCCCUGUGCUGAACCCCGUCUCCUCGCUGCCAGCCAGCCACCCCAAGAGCCCCGCCCCAGCGGCCUCCGCCCAGAGCCUGCCCCACUCCGGGGUCACCCUGCUGCCCCAGGCCGGCUCCCCCUCCCCCUCCGGACUGCCGGUGCUGCCCACCAUGCCAGGGAGCCCGCUGGGGGCCGCCACUGCCCGAGGACCAGCCAUCCUCAAGGUGGCAGCGCCUCAGUCCAGCGGCACCUCCAUCGUCACGGUGAGGCAUGCGAGCCAGGCCGGCAAGUCUCCUGUCACCGUGACCUCACUUCCUGCCGGCGUGCGGAUGGUCAUGCCCACGCAGAGUGGCCAGCCAGUGGGAAGCAGCCCCCAGAUGAGCGGGAUGGCCGCAUUGGCUGCUGCAGCCGCCGCCACCCAGAAGAUCCCGCCCUCGGCCACACCCACCAUGCUGAACGUUCCGGCCGGAGCCACGAUCGUCAAGACGAUGGCCCUGACCUCCGGGUCGUCCGCGGUCAAAGUGGCGUCCCCGAUCAUGGUCAGUAACCCCGCCACGCGGAUGCUGAAGACGGCAGCAGCUCAGGUGGGCACCUCCGCCUCGUCCACGGGCAACACUCCCACGCGGCCCAUCAUCACCGUGCACAAGUCCGGCACGGUGACCGUGGCACAGCAAACGCAGGUCGUGACCACCAUGGUGGGAGGAGUCACCAAAACCAUCACACUGGUGAAGAGCCCCAUUACCAUGCCAGGGGGCAGCGCGCUGAUCUCCAAUUUGGGUAAAAUGAUGUCCGUUAUGCAGACGAAGCCAGUCCAGACAUCGUCCCACACGGGGCAAGCAGCAUCAAACUCCCUCGCUCAGCUCAUACAGGCUAAAGGGCAGCUCCCAGCCGGCACCAUUCUGAAGCUGGUCACCUCUGCCGACGGCAAACCGACCACCAUCAUCACCACGUCGCAGGCCGGAGUCACCGGCAACAAGCCCACCAUCCUGGGCAUCAGCAGCAUGUCCCCGACCGCCACCAGCAAACCGGGCACCACCACCAUCAUCAAGACCAUCCCCAUGUCUGCCAUCAUGACCCAGCCCGGGGUCACAGGAGUGACCAGCAGCCAGGGCAUGAAGUCCCCCAUCACCAUCAUCACCACCAAGAUGAUGACGUCCGGUACAGGAUCCCCGGCCAAAUUCAUCACCGCCAUGCCCAAACUGAGCGGCGGGCCCGGCCAGCAGGGGCUCACGCAGGUGGUUUUGAAGAGCGCCCCAGGCCAGCCCGGUACGUACCUGCGCACUGUCCCGAUGGGAGGGGUCAGGCUGGUCACCCCGGUCACCAUGUCCUCCAUCAAGCCUAACGUCACCACGCUGGUGGUCAAGGGAACCACAGGAGUGACCACCCUCGGCACGGUCACUGGCACCGUGUCCACCAGCCUGGCGGGUGGCAACGUGGCCGGCGCCAACGCCUCCCUGGCCACGCCCAUCGCCACACUGGGCACCAUCGCCACCCUGUCCAGCCAGGUCAUCAACCCCGCGGCCAUCACUGUGUCCACGGCGCAGACCAGCCUGACGACCGCCGGCACUCUGUCCACACCCACCGUCACGUUGCAGCCGCCCGUGAGCCAGGCCACCCAGGUGACUCUCAUCACAACCCCCAGCGGCGUGGAGGCCCAGGCCAUCCAGGACCUCCCCGUUUCCAUCCUGGCCUCGCCCACCUCCGAGCAGCCCGGCACGGCCGUGGCCAUCGCCGGGGACCCUGGGGCCGGGGACCAGCCUGGCAUCGUCACCCUGGUGUGCUCGAACCCUCCCUGCGAGACCCACGAGACCGGAACCACCAACACAGCCACGACUGCCUCUGCAAACAUGGGGGUUCAGAAAGUGUGCUCGAACCCUCCCUGUGAGACCCACGAAACCGGAACCACCAACACAGCCACGACUGCCUCCUCAAACAUGGGGGUUCAGAAAGUGUGCUCGAACCCUCCCUGUGAGACCCACGAGACCGGAACCACCAACACGGCCACGACUGCCUCCUCAAACAUGGGCUCGGGCCAGACAGAAACUUCACAGAAAAAGGCCGGCUCCAGCCCGCCACCAGAGACCCACGAGACAGGAACCGCGGACGCGGCCACGACAGCCUCUUCCAGCAUGGGCUCGGGCCGGACCGGCACCACCAACACCUCGACCACAGCCCGCUCCAACAUGGGCUCCGACUGGACGGGCACCGUGCAGAGUGCGCAGUGCGGCCAGGAGGCACUCCGGAGCGGCGCGAGCAGCCCCGACUGCCCCCAGUCCCAGAGCACCACGGCUUCGGACACCCAGACAGAGACCACGUGCUCGAACCCGCCCUGCGAGACCCACGAGACGGGAACCACCAACACGGCCACCACUGCCACGGCUUCCGGAAUGGGGUCCACGGGACAGAGGGUGUGCUCGAACCCGCCCUGCGAGACCCACGAGACGGGAACCACCAAUACAGCCACCACUGCCACGGCUUCCGGAAUGGGGUCCACGGGACAGAGGGUGUGCUCGAACCCGCCCUGCGAGACCCACGAGACGGGAACCACCAACACGGCCACCACUGCCACGGCUUCCGGAAUGGGGUCCACGGGACAGAGGGUGUGCUCGAACCCGCCCUGCGAGACCCACGAGACGGGAACCACCAACACAGCCACCACUGCCACGUCCAACAUGGGGGACAACGGAGCUCAGCAGGCAGAUGAAGCAGCCCAGGAGGACGCAGUAACCACGGCAGCAGAAGCAGCCACGCCCCCUCCUGCCCCUGUCACUCUGUCCACGGCGACGCCCCCUCCCGCCAGCAGCACCGUGCAGACCCGCGCGGUCACCAUGGUUACACAGUCCACGCCCACACCAGGGCCCGCUGUACCGUCGAUCUCCUCCAUCACCCAAGGAGGUUCGGCCUCCCUAGACGACUUGGGCCCGGCAGACUCCAGCCAGCCCUUUUCCAGUCCUGACGCUGAGGGGCCACAGCAGGAGGGCCCGUCCGAGGCAGAGCUCCCAGGGGCCUCGGAGCCCAUGCAGACCGAGCCCUCUGAGCCCCAGCCAGAGCUCAUGGAGACCGGGGGAGAAGGAGAGCCGACUCAGGAGCUGCAAGCGGGGAUGGAUGCCAGCGAGAGCCAGGGAGACGCGGGAGACGCGGGGUCCGUGCCCGCGAGCGGGGGCGUGGAUCCGCUCUCUCUCCCCCAGGAGCUGAUGUCGGAGGGCCAGGCCACGGGAGGGGCCACGCUGAUGGUGAUGGGGCUCACCCCCGAGGAGCUGGCGGUCACGGCCGCCGCGGAGGCAGCAGCGCAGGCAGCCGCCACAGAAGAGGCCCAGGCUCUGGCGAUCCAGGCAGUGCUGCAGGCCGCACAGCAGGCAGUGAUGAGGCAGGACGGUCAGCACACCCCGGUCUCCACCACCAUUCCCAUCGUGCUGACCCAACAGGAGCUGGCCGCUCUGGUGCAGCAGCAGCACCAGCUGCAGGAGGCGCAGGCGCAGGCACAGGCAGCAGCCGCAGCAGCAGCAGCAGCAGCAGCGCAGCAGAGCCAGUCCCAGGCAGCCCUGCCCACCGAGGGCCUGGCGCCGGCAGACAGCCUGAACGACCCGGCCAGCGAGAGCAACGGGCACAGCGAGCUUGCCAGCGCUGUCACCAGUCUGGCCCCCUCCAGCUCCUUCGCUCCUCCCGUGGGCGUGGCCAGCCCAGCGACGAUGCAGGCAGCCGCUGCCCUCGCGGAAGUGGCCAAUGGGAUCGAGUCUGCAGCCGGGAAGCAGGCCCCGGCCCCGGCCCCCCCCAGGCCCCCAGUGAAGAAGGAGAACCAGUGGUUCGACGUGGGGGUCAUCAAGACCACCAACAUGGUGGUGACUCACUUCUACCUGCCUGCGGAGGACGCACCCGCCGGAGACGACGACUCGGCUCCCGUCCCGGAUUACAACCAGCUGAAGAAGCUGGAGCUGCAGCCCGGCACGGCGUACAAGUUCCGCGUGGCCGGAAUGAACGCCUGCGGCCGCGGCUCCUUCAGCGAGAUCUCCGCCUUCAAGACCUGCCUGCCCGGGUUCCCAGGGGCCCCCUGCGCCAUCAAGAUCAGCAAG